AUGGAAUUUCGGUACCUGUGCUUCCAGGCAGGCUUCAUUACCACUGAAGACUACCGAGCCGAAGGGUACUGGGAGCUGAAGUUGGCCUUGCUUGCUGUGGACAUCUUUUGGGUCAUCGAUCUGGGGAUCAACUUUACCACCGGCUACCGAGAUGUCACGCAUGUGCUCCACAGCAGUGCCCGCUCCAACGUAAGGCGCUACCUCCGGGCUGGCUUCGUCUUGGACCUGCUAGCCACCCUGCCCUCGCUUUGCCAGCAUGUGCUCCUGGUCAUCGACCCGCAUACUUACGGCUUCUGGCCGCUCAGGAUGAUGGGCUUAUCUCCUCUGCUGCGCAGCUUCCGUGUCCGGGGGGCCUAUGCCUUACUCAAGCGGCUGGAAGCCAACAUGUUUCUUUCCCAAGCUCAUCGGAUGGCCGCGUUCGAAUGGCCGAAAGCAUUGGAGGAGCGCCACCUGGAGGCCCAACAACUACGCCUGGUGAUCGAAGACUCCGACACCUACUCCUACGAGGCGCUGCUGCAGCAGGGCUUCCUGCCGAAGUUCCUUUGGGCGGAGCUUCGCUGCCGGAAUUGCGCGACGGUUCGCCUCGCGACUCAGAAUCCCAUGUUUGUCAGGCGCAGCGGAUCAUGGAUGAUACGACCCAAUCCGAGCUACUUCGACUACGUGAAAGCAGCGAGAGCGCCCAAAGAUCUCCAAUUUCAGCCUCAGGGCUUUCGCCUCAUAGCUUGGUGGGUUCAUCCGGAGUUGCAGCGGGACAGCCCAUGGUUUCAGCCGGACGACAUCCCUGCUUGCGAGCUAGAAGCAGAUCACACCUUCGACUACCAAGCUGUCCAGCCGCUCUCCAACUUCCAGACCUCAGCGGUGAAGUAUCUAAUGACCUGGCGCGACCUGGGCCCGGAGCACCUUGCAGAGCUGAUCCAGCUCCGUGCGGACAUCUUCCACCAUUUGACCGAGGUGUACGGCGUGUCUGAGGAGGAGUUGAACGACUAUGAUCUGCAGUUCCACACGACCACAGCUAUGCGGAAUCCUUGUCAUGGGGCCCGUCGGGGCCACUUCAUGACCCUUCAUUUGCAGAUUGGUGUGCGACACUGUUGGACCUUGUCCUGCAUGUCGCGGCACAUGUCUCUGCAAGAGACCAUUCGAAGGUUGCAGAGCCACGGCGACGUCUUCAAAGCAGGGCCACAGCUCUACUUUGAAGAACAGAGACCCGACCUGAAGCUCCUUCCUCCAUCGGUCCUGGUCUCCGACAUCCUACCGUUUCCAACUCCCCUCGGCUUUGACUGCAAGAAGUACUUCUCGGCGAUUUCAUGCCAGAGUCAGGAUGGGGAUAGUCAUGAGGAUUCGGAGAGGGGCGGCCAUGGCGUGGCCGAGGCGCCGGUCCGCAAAGCUUUGGUGGUCUUCGGUCCUGCAGGGGUGGGCAAGAGCACGGUCAUGGAGAAGCUGAAGUCCGGGACUUUGGCGCUUCAUUGUCCUGAGCUUUGCUUCCUCGGGGAGCAUUUGACAACGAUCGACGGGGACCUGGUUCGCAAAGCCCAGCCUGGCUUAUCACCGAAAGAAACAGCCUUAGCCAAGGAAAAGCUCCUGUCCAAGGCCAUUCGCCAGGAAAGGAGUCUUUUGAUCGCCACGGUCCGUCCAGAGGACUACGUGGAAAGACUGCGCGCCCAGGGCUACAUUCUCCACCUCUUGCCCGUCUUCUGUUCUCAAGAGGUGGCUCUUCGCCGAGUGCGUGCCCGAGAGGCAGAGACGGGUCGCACCUCCGAAUCCGCAGGCUGCGACAAAGCCUUCCGAGAGCGGAUCCACGCCUUCUUCAGACUGACGAUGGCAUCAGGCUCGGUGUUCUUUGUGGAGAACUGUGGAGACGUUCCUCGGCUGUGGCGGAAGCUCACGUCUGCUGUGCCCGCGGAAGCGGCGCGAGUCUGCUUCGAAAUCUUCGGCCUCGCCGGAGUUCCCACGUCUUGGACAUCGACGUCGUUUCUGGACAAGGCGGGCUUGAUGAGAAGCAGCCGCAGGGGGAGCCAGGGGAGACCAUGCAAGACCAGGCAGCUCGUCUUCCUGGUGGGCCCUCAGGGUGCUGGAAAGACCACCACCUGGCGCCAGCACCCGGAGAUUCUGGCGCAAGCUGGCCUAGAAAGAUAUACGGUCCUCGACGGAGAGUUAUUCUACGAAGCCCAUGGAGGUCAUCAAGUCUUGCAAGAGCUGGAGAAAGAUGCGUGCACAUCGCACCUGACUUUGGCGGAGGAGAUGCGAACAUGGAAGAGGGAUGCUGCUAGUCGAGCUGGCUCUCAGGGGCUCGACAUCUUGCUGCCGGUCACCGGUACAAGUCCUAUGACGGACGCAGAAUCGAUGGCCUACUUCCAGCGGCUGGGCUACAACAUCUCAGCCAUCUUCCUGCUCGUGAGCCCUCAGAGCUCUAGCUCCAAUGCCAAGAUCCGACAAAAGCAGACCGGCCGGCCAGCUAUGGAUUGCUUCACCUACAGCAAGACCUGCGAACUCAUGGAGGAGUUGGGCAAGAAGCUCGAGGUCCUUUACAUCAACAACGACCAGUUUCAGUGGGAAGUCUUGCCAAUUCGUGCCGGCCAGCUUAGGCUCAAGAUGUUCUCUCAGCAGUCAAGCGCAUGGCGCAGCGCCUGA